AUGUCUCAAGUGAAGCAGAUUAUGGAGGAAGCCGUCACCAGGAAGUUUGUUCACGAAGACAGCAGCCACAUUGUGUCUUUCUGCGCUGCGGUGGAGGCUUGUGUUCUGCAUGGGCUGAGACGGCGAGCUGCGGGGUUUUUGCGUAGCAACAAGAUAGCAGCGCUCUUCAUGAAGGUGGGGAAAAGCUUCCCCCCAGCUGAAGAGCUUUGCAGGAAGGCCCAGGAGCUGGAACAGAUCAUGGAGACCAAACGAAGCCAAAGCUUGCAAAGUCAAGACGGUCUUCGGAAGAUGCCUCGGCUGCCCAGCCUCAACCCACCGGGAGUCAAGAACCUGUGGAUCAGGACUGCUCUGUUCGAGAAAGUGCUGGAUAAGAUCGUCCUCUACCUGGUGGAGAACAGCAGUAAAUACUAUGAGAAAGAAGCUUUCCUAAUGGACCUUGUAGAUGGACCUAUUCUGGCAUCAUUGUUGGUCGGACCUUGUGCGUUGGAGUACACCAAGAUGAAAACGGCAGAUCACUUCUGGACAGACCCGUCUGCUGACGAGCUGGUUCAGAGACAUCGCAUCCACAGUGGCCUCUGCAGGCAGGAUUCUCCCACCAAGAGACCGGCGUUGUGUAUCCAGAAGCGACACUCCAGCAGCAGCAUGGAUGAGCGGCCUUCCCCUUCCCCGUCAGCUCGAGACUACGUGGAGUCUCUGCAUCAGAACAGCAGGGCGACGCUGCUUUUUGGCAAGAACAACGUGCUCGUACAACCGAGGGAUGACAUGGAGGCUAUCCCAGGUUACCUCUCCUUGCAUCAGACUGCUGACAUCAUGACGCUAAAGUGGACACCCAAUCAGCUCAUGAACGGUUCUGUUGGAGACUUAGACUACGAACGCAGCGUGUACUGGGACUACGCCAUGACAAUCCCUUUAGAGGAGAUAGUUUAUUUGCACUGUCAUCAACAAGUGGACAGUGGGGGGACGGUGGUGCUGGUCAGCCAGGAUGGCAUCCAGAGACCUCCACUCCGCUUCCCCAGAGGAGGCCAUCUGCUCCAGUUCCUGUCCUGCCUGGAGAACGGCCUGCUCCCCCAUGGUCAGCUGGACCCUCCACUUUGGUCCCAGAGGGGAAAGGGAAAGGUAUUUCCUAAACUGAAGAAGAGGGUACCUCCAGGAUCCAGCUCCUCAGACUCGGUCUCGGACAAAGAAGAGGACGAGGCCACGGACUAUGUCUUCCGCAUAAUUUUUCCAAACAGCCAAUCAGAAUUCGUGACUGUAACCCAUCGUCUCCAUCUGACCUCUUCUUUCUCCCUUGAACUGAGUGGACAGUCCAGCUCCCAAACAGGGACCCAGGUUGUGCCCAGGAGGCCCUGCUGCUGUCAGGAAGAAUCGCCCUCACUCACAGGAAGCAGCUUGACUCCUCCGGAUCUGAUGGAUCACGGAGCGGUGAUGUGGCACCCCACACUCGUAAAGUCGUCGUGUUCCUCCUGCUCUCGGGGGAGCUUCUCUGAUGGCGUUGCUCAUAAAGGAUGUAACUACGAGAGGACUCCUCUGAAGCUGCUCUGUGACAGCAUGAAGUAUCAAAUCAUCUCCAGGGCAUUUUACGGAUGGCUGGCAUACUGCCGUCACCUGUCCACCGUGCGGACGCACCUCUCUGCUCUCGUCAAUCACGCCAUCGUGACGCCCAACGCACCCUGUGACGCCUCAGAGGGGCUCACGGCAGUCGUGUGGCAGACGUUCCUCCAGGACUCCACAUCAUAUAAGGAGCAGGAGCUGCUUCGUUUGGUCUACUUCGGUGGCGUGGACCCCUCUCUGCGUAAGGAGGUGUGGCCCUUCCUGCUGGGUCAUUACCAGAUCGGGAUGUCCGAGGCUGACAGGAAGGAGGUGGAUGAGGAAGUCCGGGCCUACUACCAGCAGACGAUGGAUGAGUGGCUGGGCUGUGAGGAGAUUGUCCGUCAGCGAGAGAAGGAGCAGCACGCUGCAGCUUUGGCCAAGUGCUCCUCUGGGGCGAGCAUGGACAGCUCCUGUCAGAGGAUGACCCAUCAUGACUCCACCGUGAGCAACGAGUCCCACUCUUCUCAGAGCUCUGAUAGGCAGAGUCUGGCUCACCUGCAGAGUGAUUCCAGCAGCAGCACACAGUUCUUCACAUCCUCCCAUCCCUUCCCCUGGAGUAGUCUGCUUCCCUUUGGCUUGUUCUUUCAGGUGUUUGAGUCUGUGGAGGAGGUGGACCAGAUCGAGGUGGAGUCAAAGAGCGAAGAGGCCAAGCAGGUGCCCAAGGUGCCCAACGGAGCUCUGCAGAACGAGACGAGUUCUCCCGACUCCGGGCAUCCGUCCUCACGAAACUUCUCCAUCACCUCUGGCUUGUCAGAUGGCUCCUUCAGCACGGAGGACAGCGCUGCGCCUGAUGCGACCCAGAGGGCUGCACCUCAGGCCUCACAGAGCUCUGUGAAACCUGCAGAGGGAGACGGUGAAGCCCUGACAACAGAAAGCCAGGCGACAAAUGAUAAGGGCAAAGGAGAGGAAGAGAAAGCUUUUGUUGUGAGCAAAAGUGCAGAAACUACUAGCACCGAGGUGAUUUCUGGAAAGACGGACAAAGAAGGAGUAAGUCUGCUGCCUGAAACAGCAGAAAACAUCGAGUCGGAAACAAGCUCUCUGCUUAAUGAGAAUACUAAACAAACUAAAACGUCAGCGUCAUCGAAAACUGGAAAAGACGGGACUGAUGAGACGACGUUGACAGUAACAGCAGCUGCUGCACAAUCCAAAGAAGCUGCCCAACAAAGUCCUCACAAAAAAGUGGUUGUGAACGUCAAGGAGACUCCUGAACCUGAAGACAAAAAAGUUAAAACAGUGAAGGAAAUGGACAAAUCAAAAACAAGUUCAGAGGUUUCACAAGAAACUUUCACAGGCCACAGAGCCCCUGAGGAGGAAAAGAGUCUCACGUGUUCUGCAGGAGCCCGAGUCUUGAGAGCCGGAGGAGUCCACGCUCAGAAAGAAGAGUUCCAGGCUACGACCAGCUCCGAUGAGUCUCCCUCAACCGUAGAGAUGGAGGAAGUCCUCAAAGCCAACGUUUCCAUGGCGCCUUGGGGCAGGAAGAGAUAUUGUGAGACGUCAACCUUUCCUGAGGAUCCACGGUCUCAUGUGGAGCGCAGGCAGGAGGAGAAGCUGAGUCCAGAGGGCACAGAGUCCAUCUCAGAGCUCGAGAUGGAGAGCCUUUACCCUCCGAUGGCCGCAGAUGAAAACACAAAAAUCGAGGAGUCGACUGGGAGCCCUUACUCUCAAGAGCUGUUGGAUUUAUACACUCUAAACCUGCACCGCAUUGAUAAGGACGUCCAGCGCUGUGACAGGAACUACUGCUACUUCACCCCGGCCAACCUGGAGAAGCUGCGCAACAUCAUGUGCAGCUACAUCUGGAGGCACCUCGACAUCGGAUACGUGCAGGGAAUGUGUGAUCUGCUGGCUCCGCUCCUCGUCAUCCUGGAUGAUGAGGCCAAGGCUUUCAGCUGCUUCAGCAAACUCAUGAAGAGAAUGAACCAAAACUUUCCACACGGGGGGGCUAUGGACACUCACUUUGCAAACAUGCGCUCUCUAAUCCAGAUUCUGGACUCUGAGCUGUUUGAGUUAAUGCACCAAAACGGAGACUACACCCACUUCUACUUCUGCUACCGCUGGUUUCUCCUGGACUUCAAACGAGAGCUGGUGUAUGACGACGUGUUCACAGUCUGGGAAACUAUCUGGGCAGCCAAGCACGUCUCCUCGAGUCACUUUGUCCUCUUCAUCGCCCUGGCGCUGGUGGAGAUGUACAGAGACAUCAUCCUGGAGAACAACAUGGACUUCACCGACAUCAUUAAGUUCUUCAAUGAAAUGGCUGAGCGCCACAACAUCAAACAGACUUUAACUCUGGCCAGAGACCUGGUGUGCAAGGUGCAGCUGCUGAUAGAGAACAAGUGAUGGAUGUUUUUCGUCCUCGCCUCCUUCUGUGUAAAAUGUCAAUGGCUGUAGUAGCACAAGAGUAAAGUACACCCAUCUCACACAUCAACCCUACACAAAGCCUUUUACAAUCACAGUUUGCUGCUAUGAGCCUUACUGCCUGCAUCCUCGCCCACGUGACGAGAAGAGCAUCUGUGCGAGCUCACUUAAUAUCUUAAGAAGUCGCACAGUUCAAGCCAAAACACGCUGAAUUCAAACAGAGGCUAUAUUUAUGAGAAAGAUAGAUUGUUAUAAAUUAUUUUAAUACCUGACAAGUUUAAAAAGUCAUAUACCUUCCUCUUCUUGUCCCUUGAUGAAAGAAAAACAAAUGUCAACAGGUUUUUAAUGUUCUUUACGCACAACAUUUUCAGGAAUCAAACUUAGCUUCCCACAGGCUGCAACAUAAUCCAAAUUCCAUGUACCCACUCCAGAUGUAGAACAAUUAAGUGUCUUUUUUUUAAUUGAUUUAACAACCAACAGUGUUUACAGCGUUCAUAAACUGCCUUGCCUGCCUGAUAGGAUGUCUCAUUCUAUAAGAAUUGUUGUGUCCGCCAAGAAAAAGGUGUUUAGAUUAUGGCAGGACUUGUAUAUUUAUAGCCCUAAUGAUGUCUGGGCAUAAAGUAAUAUCUUUAAACAAGCUUAAUUUCAUGAUCUUUACCAGUUGUUUUGCAUUAUGAAGUGAACUUAUUUAUAAUUUGUCAU